UUUAAAGCUAGCUAAGAUGGUGGUUUGAGCGUAAAUUGUCUCCUCAAUACUAAGAAAAGACAGGGGUAAAAACACCUUUAUAGCCUUUUAAUUAAAACGGAACAACACAUCCCCGGUUAUCCCAAGUGGCCGCCUCGAGAUAUUUUGACAUUUCACUCACAUUGGCUCGCAGUCCCCGCCCAAUUCGGUGUGACUCUCUUGGAGUGGAAUCCUCAGCUAAAUACGGACAGGUUUUGUGAUCCUCGACCGCUUCAAAGCUCAGCCUCGCCGCGCCAUAGGAUGUCCCAUAGCCCUGACAUGAAGGACGACCCCAUGGAGUGCCCCCUGUGCAUGGAGCCGCUGGAGAUCGACGACGUCAACUUCUUCCCCUGCACCUGUGGCUACCAGAUCUGCCGCUUCUGCUGGCAUCGCAUCCGCACGGACGAGAACGGUCUUUGCCCGGCCUGCAGAAAGCCAUACCCAGAGGACCCCGCUGUGUACAAGCCUCUGUCACAGGAGGAGAUCCAGAGGAUAAAGAAUGAAAAGAAGCAGAAACAGAACGAGAAGAAGCAGAAGGUGACGGAAAACCGUAAGCACCUGGCCAGCGUCAGAGUGGUCCAGAGAAACCUGGUAUUCGUGGUGGGUCUCUCGCAACGCCUCGCCGACCCCGAGGUCCUAAAACGACCGGAGUACUUUGGGAGGUUUGGGAAGAUCCAUAAAGUGGUCAUAAACAAUAGUACAUCUUAUGCAGGGUCACAGGUCCAGGGGCCGAGCGCCAGUGCAUAUGUCACCUACGUCCGCUCCGAGGACGCUUUAAGAGCAAUACAGUGUGUGAACAACGUGGUGGUUGAUGGCAGAACACUCAAGGCUUCUUUAGGCACAACAAAAUACUGCAGUUACUUCCUCAAAAGUAUGCAGUGUCCUAAACCUGAUUGUAUGUAUCUACAUGAGCUAGGAGAUGAAGCAGCUAGCUUUACUAAAGAUGAAAUGCAGGCAGGGAAACAUCAAGAAUAUGAGCAAAAACUUCUGCAAGAUCUGUAUAAAUUAAACCCUAGCUUUUUACAACCUCCAUCAUGUGGAACAGAAAAGUCUAAAUCAAAAUCAGGCUUAACACAGAGACAAAACAGUAGCAAUGGUAAAGAUGGGUGGCCCACGUUAUCUGGGCAUAGCAAACUAGCCAAUGGCCUUUCAGAGGACCGCAAGUCUCCUCCGCUGCUAGACUAUCUAGACCAAGAAGGCCUGGCCUCAGAUGGGCUAGAUCCAGAACUUGGCCCUGGCCAGUGCACUGCCAUGUCCCCCUUCUCCUCAAACUGUGACAGCAACAGCCCCAGUGACAAACCUUCAGAGUCAAUUGGUUUGGUCAAUGGAGAUACUUUACAACAGAUCCCCACAAGUGACUCCCCGUCCCCUCCUCCCGGUUUAACCAAGCCCAGUUUGGUGGUGCCCAUCAGCGUUUCGGACCUCACGGCCCGCUCGCCCUUCGAGGGCGCGGCGGCCGAGUCGCAGUCGCUCUUUUCAGACAACAGCAAUUUCAGACAUCCCAACCCACUUCCCAGCGGUCUGCCUCCAUUUCCCAGUAACCCUCGCAGUUCGGACUGGCCUAUGACUCCUGAACCACAGAGCCUCUUUACGUCAGUCGCUCCUCCAGUAACGUCCAUGUUUGAUCUCGCGGCAGACACGAUACCAGUGUCAUCGUCCACCGACUGGCAGGCGGCCUUCGGCUUCGGCUCGUCCAGCAAACAGCAGGACGACGACCUGGGUUUCGACCCGUUCGACGUCACCCGAAAGGCGCUUGCCGACCUGAUCGAGAAGGAGCUGUCGGUGCGGGAUCAGAGCCCCGCUUCCCCCGUACCGCCCGCCCAGGGCAACCGCGGGCCCGGCCUGCCGCCCUCCAACGGCAACACAGCUCACUCUCGCCACUUCCCCAGUGGCCAGCCCCGCGUCCCCCAGAUCCACCACAGAGCCAUCUACAGCUCCUUCAGUUUCCCCGGCAGUCAAAGCAACCAGGCUAGUCAACAACAACAGCAGCAGCAGCAACAACAACAGCAGGCCACCAGACACCCGUGGAUGGGCGCCCCCUCGCGGAAUAACCUCACACACUUGAACCACUCAGCCAGUGCUGCCUCACACAGUCAUUUCUUGGACCUCAAUCUUCCUCCUCAUCACAGCACAGGUCUGGGAGGAAUCCCCAUCUCAGAAAGUGGCGGCGGAGGCUCAAUAGAAGGCCUGAAUGUGAAAGAGUGGCAAGACGGCCUCCGAGCUCUUCUGCCCAACAUCAACAUCAACUUCGGGGGGCUUCCCAGCUCAUCGUCCUCGUCGUCCUCCUCCUCCUCAAACAGUGUUAACCACAUCGGCGGGCCCGUGGGCGUUUCGCACAGCCUGAGCUGGGACAACACAGCCAGCUGGAUGGACCCCGCAAUCAUCACGGGCAUCCCGGCGUCGGCGGGCUCCAGUUUAGACUGUCUCCAGGAUGACAACCCUCCCCACUGGCUCAAGUCCUUGCAGGCGCUCACAGAAAUGGACGGUCCGGCCGGCUCGGCGGCGGCGCCCACCCCACAGCCCCUCCACGGCGCCGUCCUGGACGGUCACCUCCCCCUCCACCACAGAGCCGCCGCCGGGUGGGCCGCUUACCUGCCCCCCACCGCUGCCGCCAACCCCGCCAGCCAGUUCCACUCUCCCCCGCCAGGCUUCCAGACCGCCUUCAGACCCCCGGGACAGGCCGCCACAGAGUUGCUACAGAGCGCCGCCGCGGACCGCCACUAAAUAAAGACUACGCCCAUCCCCUAACCCACUCAACAUGUACCCCUUCCGCCCCCGAAAAGCCAAACACAUCAAUCUGCAGAGAAUGAAAAUGAUUAACAAGAUGUAACCGACGACGCUUUCUUUCAGUCCACUCUUUUCAUUUAUAUUUUCUUCUUAUUUGUGACACACAAAUGAUCCGUUAACCAUCAGCACUCCUUAAACCUUAGAUGGGGGGAGGGAGGUUCCAGUAUAGUACUGAGGACCCCAAAACUGACAGAUUCAACUAAGCUAAAGUGAGGCUCGUCUUUUUAAACGUAACUAACCAAGUGUGCGAACGGUUGUUGGGAAGUCGGCGCCAUCUUUUUGUGUUGUUUUCAGAGCAAAGCAAGCUGUGAAUCGAGAGGGACGACGCGGACGAGGUUCCCGGGGGAAGCGCGGGGCCGACGCCAAAAGGACCCCCGGCUCGACGGGCUCGGUGGGCCACGGUCCCUCUAGUGCGGGACAUUUUUGCUGAACCUCUGUAUCAGAGGGUAGCGCGGUGCCCAAUCGCAGGGAAGAAGCGGGUCGGGGGGUCCGGCACGAGGGUUAGACUCCUUACUUGCAGUGCCACCGUGUGGUACCUACAGUAGCCUAACCUUAACGUAGACCGCCACCGAGAAGAUCGAAGAAAAAAUAGACGGGGGAACAUUUGCGUUCCAACUCGGGGAGGCCGUUAGCACCCACGAGUUGACUCGCUUGGGCUUAAUCGAGGCCUUAAUGAGAAGCCGGAGAUCGAGUGCGUGGGGUAGAGUAUAAGUCGUCAACGUUUACAAUACUAUGGAGCCCUUCACAUUACAUGGAAAGGGGGGGGGGGUUAAAUUGCAUAUACAUCAUGAUAGAACAUAUGCACAAAAUACUCAAUUGCUACAAUACGCUAAUUUGUGGGAAAUAAUUUUUCCCAAAAAUGACUGCAAAAAGUUUGUGACUUUAAAAUGCUAAUUUGUAGCAAUGAAAUGCCCAUUUUUAACCGUAAUCACUUAUAGCUUUCAAUUACUUGUGACAAUGAGAUGCUUAUGUGUAGAAUGGUAGAUCGUGACCACAAAUUACAGAUACAGCGCAAAUGACUCAUUAGUGUUGGACGUUCAGAUGAGCACCGAAAAUUGCAAUAAGUCCCACUUUUCAUUGAGCGAAGUCAAAUUUCCUGCGCUUUUAUCUCAUAUUGUACAACUCGCUGUUGACAGGUGCACGCUAGUUGUUUAGCCAAGUGUUAACAUUUUGUGCCCUUGUCUUACGGUUACCACCUUCGAAAUCAUGCGUGGAGGGCUCCGUAGAUUGAGUUUUAACAAUUGCAAGUGAGCGUGUGUCGCAAAGAAAGGUGCUGCAAUACAACUAAAGUACUGUAGUCGUCAAUCUCAGCCUUUUUUGUCCCCCGCCACCGUUCUUUUCAAGUCUUAAUUAUUUCUUCCGUUUGCUCUCGCCUUCCCCCAGCCCCUUUUCCGCUGUUCUCCGUUUUACAGUAUUGACUCAAAUGAUCAAAAUGAGAGGAACUGCCAGAGUCAUGAAAAAGGGUUUUUUAAUGCAAUGCCAUGAGAAGGAAGGGGGGGAAACCAGAAAUCAAAUUGAGGCGCUUAAAAAGAAAGUCAAACUGUCCUCUGCAGGUCUGGAAAAAAAUCAACCUUAAAUAAAAAUGAAAACUCAACACGUGUCUGAAGUGAUCAUUCACAAAUCAACAUAGUUGAAUAGAACAUUUUUAGGCAUAAUUUUUGUGGUGUGAAUCGUUUUGCACCUUUUCAACAAGUUGACCUAAAAAUAUAUUUUAGCGGUUAACCCUUUAUAGGCUAAGUGACAAUUGCUUGUAUUUUAAGGGAAAACUCAAAAGACCUGGCAUUUGUGGACAUCACAUUUUGGAUCAUUUAUUUUUUAUGAAUAAAUGAGUUUACCAAAAAUAAAAGGUAACUAAAAACAUUUAAAGUGAAAAAUCAAGGGUGUAGGUUUGGUCUCAACAGUGGUAGGGACGAUAUUACAGCAUAACCUGCAUGUACACUUUUUGCUGGUGACAGGACAACACCAAAAAGAUGACACAUUUCUCAUAAAAAUGAACCUAAUUAAUUGAUAGGCUAAAUGAUCAAUGCAAAAUAAAUCUAUUGACUUAAAACUUUCGUGUGUAUUGGUUCAGUUGAAACACUGUUCGAUUCAAACCUUUGUUCUCAAAGACUACUGAAGAAACAUUUUGAAGUUCAAGUCCCUUUAUUAAAGAAAUCGGGUCCAUAUCCGGGGGACACCUGAGCACCCCUAGACUCAACUAAAGUAUUGUAAUAUUACAGUGAUUUGAGGGUGGGAGAUCAGAUAUCCAAAGACCGAUCUAGCCGAGGCAUACUAGACUACCCCAAGACUCGAACCAAAGUACUCAUGAAAUUCUGAUGUGAUUUCAUUUCAGAUUUCUUUUUUCAUGUCCAUGUUCAUGUCAGUGUCCCUCUGGGGAAGACUCAUUCUUAGAUAGCUCCCCGUUUUUUUAAGCAAGGGACUUUCACUCUGAAGCCACCGCGUUGCAUUACCGUAAUGCGCAUAAUGCAAACAAUGAUCCAAAUGAGGGACUGCUAGCUUGACUUCAUUGUUCCUUAUGGACCUUGUGGCUUGACCACAGUAGUUUAGAAGGUUAGCAAGUUCACACAGUGUAAUGUGAUGCUAACUCUGAUGCAGGUCAGACUUUCAGUAACAAAAUUGGUGUUUCCCCUCCACAACAUUGACGUCUUUUACUUUAAUUACAGUGGCUGCUGCUGCUGGCCAAAAAAAAAAAAAAACUUAUAAUUUCCCUCCUCAGUGAAAGGGCGGAUGAGGUAGAAUUUUGUCGACAUGAAUCUGUCAGGGUUGUGUGAGUGUCUGUGUGGCGUGGUGUCAUAACAGCCAAUCAAACAUGCGUUGAAAGGGGGGAAAAACAUGGACGAGCACAUUCAGCAAGUGAAAAGGAAUCAAUGUAAGUCUGAACAUAACAAAAAUAAUUCACUUAAUAAUAGUGGUGUCUAUUCUAUCCUUACAACAUAUAAGACGACAAUCUAAAUUACCUAUAUAACUGGACUAAUAAUGCAUAUAAAUUUGCUUAAAAGUUGGUGGGAACAAUUUGAGCAUCCUGAAAAGCUGGUAGUGUUAUGUACCAACUGUCCCUAUGCAAACCUACGCCUUUGCAGAAAAUACUCUUUCAAGGGCAAAUGACUAUUUGCUUUUAAAAAAAAAAAAAAAAAAAAAAAAAAAAAAAAACAUCCAUAUAUAUAUGGACAUCACUUUAUGGGUCACAUAGGGCACAAUAUUGUCAUUUGGUCUACAGGUAUGGUGGAUAUUACCCAAAAUGGCACUAGGUCUCAAUUGCAAUUGUUAUUUGUAUACAUGUAUAUUAUGAAUCACAAUAUUUCAGGAAGUGAUCAAAGAAUGCUCUAAAAUCAACAGGAAGUGACCCCUAAGUACUGUAAAGUCAACUCAUUGCCUGCCACUGACCAUGAUAAAACGUCCAAUUACACUAGGACAGGGGUCGAAAACCCAAAAUGUUGAGCCAUUUUGGACCAAUAAAACUAAUUUGUCUGGAGCUGCAAAAAAUGUAAAAUCUUUUAUAAAACUUUAUAAUGAAGGCAACACAUGCUGAAUAAAUCUAUAUUAGAUAUAUUAGCCCAAUGUCAAAAUGACAAAGUUGGCUACAAAUACAAAAUGAGCCUUCAUGAUUAAAUGUUUUUCCCUGUAGUGCCUCCUAUAGAGAAUGACGCACCAUGUGACGACUCUGUUGUAAGCUGCUGCCUCAAGUUUAACUUCAUUACAAUAUUAAUAAGAAGAAUGUGUCAUAUGCGUCCUACAGAAACCAUAUUAAAACAAAAAAUAUAUAUUUCCCUUCCUCCAACAUUUUCGCUUCUCAAACAUUUUUAUAAAAGCUCCAGGGAGCCAUUAAGGGGAGUGCUAAAUAGCCGCGGGUUGGGAGAAAUUGCACCGACACCUGUAUAUUUCAGUAUUUUGGCUGAGGCGCUUUCAUCCGCCUGUCACAGCCAAAAUGAAUUUGACAUCUAGCGCCGUCAGUGGCAGCCAAAUCAUAGGUGGAGUUCGACUUUUGUGGAAGAGGGGGCAAAAAUGUUGAUGACCCUGAAACUCAGUGUCAGCAAUCACAUUAACUUACAAGAUAUAUGCUUAUAUGCUAGUCCUUCUCAAAAAAUUAGCAUAUUGUGAUAAAGUUCAUUAUUUUCUGUAAUGUAUUGAUAAACAUUAGACUUUCAUAUAUUUUAGAUUCAUUACACACAACUGAAGUAGUUCAAGCCACUGUUUUAAUAUUGAUGAUUUUGGCAAAAAAGUCCAGAAAAAACAAAAAUCCCUAUCUCAAAAAAUUAGCAUAUCAUAAAAAGGUACUCUAAAGAAGCUACUAAUCUAAUCAUCUGAAUCAAUGAAUUAACUCAUAACCCUUGCGAAAGAUUCCUGAGGCUUUUAAAAACUCCCAGCCUGGUUCAUUACUCAAAACCGCAAUCAUGGGCAAGACUGCCAACAUGACUGUUGUCCAGAGGGCCAUCAUUGACACCCUCAAGCAAGAGGCUAAGACACAGAAAUUUCUGAGCGAAUAGGUUGUUCACAGUCCUGUAUCAAGGCACCUCAGUGGGAAGGAAAAAGUGUGGCAUAAAACGCUGCACAACCAGAAGAGGUGACCACACCCUGAGAAAGAUUGCGGAGAAGGGCCAAUUCCAGACCUUGGGGGACCUGCAGAAACAGUGGACUGAGUCUGGAGUAGAAACAUCCCGAGCCACCGUGCACAGGCACCACAUUCCCCAGGUCAAGCCACUUUUGAGCCUGAAACAGCGGCAGAAGCGCCUGACCUGAGCUAAAGAGAAGCAGCACUAGACUGUUGCUCAGUGGUCCAAAGUACUUUUUUCAGAUGAAAGCAAAUUUUGCAUGUCAUUCGGAAAUCAAGGUGCCAGAGUUUGGAGGAGGACUGGGGAGAAGGAAAUGCCAAAAUGCCUGAAGUCCAGUGUCAAGUACCCACAGUCAGUGAUGGUCUGGGAUGCCAUGUCAGAUGCUGGUGUUGGUCCACUGUGUUUUAUCAAGGGCAGGAUCAAUGCAGCUAGCUAUCAGGAGAUUUUGGAGCACUUCAUGCUUCCAUCUGAUGAAAAGCUUUAUGGAGAUGAAGAUUUCAUUUUUCAGCACGACCUGCUCACAGUGCCAAAACCACAGGUAAAUGGUUUACUGACCAUGGCAUUACUGUGCUCAAUUGGCCUGCCAACUCUCCUGACCUGAACCCCAUGGAGAAUCUGGGGGAUAUUGUGAAGAGGAAGGUGAGAGACACCAGACCCAACACUGCAGAUGAGCUUAAGGCUGCUAUUGAAGCCUCCUGGGCCUCCAUAACACCUCAGCGGUGCCACAGGCUGAUUGCCUCCAUGCCACGCCGCAUUGAAGCAGUUAUUUCUGCAAAAGGAUUCCCGUAUAUAUCCCGUAAGUAUUGAGUGCAUAUCUAAUAUAAUUAAUUG